AUGAUGCCUCUUAUACGAACCGGCAGACUCAUCGCGGCUCGGUGUCUGGACAUCCCAAUCGAUUUAAUUCACAUCGAGGAGACGGCCACGGAUAAGGUGCCGAACGCCUCCCCGACAGCGGCCAGUGUUGGCUCGGAUCUGUGCGGAGUGGCAGUCCAAAACGCUUGCGACCAGUUGACGGAACGGCUAAAGCCCUACAAGGAGAAGCUGGCCGAUAAAACAUGGAAAGAAUGGGGAGCGGAAUUAUUUGGAUACUGUGUAUACGGGACGGCUUGUUGCGAGGUGGAAGUGGAUUGUUUGACUGGAGAUCACAGGCUCCUCUCUACGCACAUUGUAAUGGACAUUGGAGACUCGCUAAAUCCUGCUAUUGACAUCGGCCAAAUCGAAGGAGCAUUUAUCCAGGGCUACGGAUUGUUCACGAUGGAAGAGAUCCGGGUUCGACCAAAUGGAAUGAGAUUGACAAGAGGGCCCGGAAACUAUAAAAUCCCGUCGGCUGAUGACGUGCCCAGGGACUUCCACGUGGCUCUUUUGAAGGGCUCCUCCAAUCCGUCGGCGAUUUUCGCGAGCAAAGCCGUGGGAGAGCCGCCGCUAUUCCUGGGAGCUACCGUAUUCUUCGCGGUUCGGGAGGCCAUCCGAGCGUAUCGCAUUCAGAAUGGCAAAAAUGACUACUUCCGCUUCGACUCCCCGGCCACACCAGAAGCCAUUCGAAUGGCUUGCGAGGACGAAUAUUUGGAAAAGAUCCCCACCCUUCCGGAAGCCGGCACCUUCACCCCGUGGACCGUUCCCCUC